AUGGCGGACGCAUUGAAAGCUGCUGGCAAUAAAGCCAUUGCAGAGAAGAACUUCGACGAGGCUGUUGCAAAAUUCACCGAAGCCAUUGCUAUCGAACCAGAAAACCACAUUCUCUACUCUAAUAGGUCGGCUGCGUUUGCCUCGAAACGAGACUUCGAAAAGUCCCUACAGGAUGCUGAGAAGUGUACAAGCAUCAAGCCUGACUGGGCCAAGGGAUGGGGCAGAGUUGGUACCGCUAAGCAAAGUUUGGGCGAUCUCUUGGGAGCCCACGAUGCUUAUGAGGAGGCUUUAAAGCUUGAUCCAAAUUAUGCGGCGGCUACUAAGGGUUUGGCACAGGUUAAAAAGUCUAUCGAUGCGGAGGCUAAAGCAGAUGGUGUAAAGGGUGAUCCAACAGAGGGAUUAGGUAACAUGUUUAGUGAUCCACAACUUGUCGCAAAACUGGCAGCAAACCCCAAGACUGCCAAAUUCCUGUCAGACCCAACCUUCAUGGCGAAGCUUCAACAAAUCAAGUCAAACCCAAACAAUACCCAAGAACUUUUCUCAGACCCCCGCAUGAUUCAAGUCUUGGGUGUUCUGAUGGGUGUGGAUAUGUCUUUCGCUGAUUCGGGUGCUUUUGGUGGUGCUCCCGGUGCCCAGGGCGCCUCUGCACCUACGGAAGCUGAGGAGGACAUUCAAAUGCCAGAUGUGCGUCCCAGCGCGCAAGAACCACAAGCCGAGAAGGCAAAGGCCGAGCCAGAGCCAGAGCCAGAGGAUGAGGAGGCUGUGGCAAAAAAGCAGGCAAAAGCUGAGGCCGAUGAGGAGAAGAGACUUGGUACUGAGCAGUACAAGAAGAAGAACUUUGAUGAGGCGAUUGCGCAUUACUCCAAGGCUUGGGAACUAUACAAGGACAUUACCUAUCUUAACAAUCUUGGUGCCGCACAUUUCGAGAAGGGAGAGUAUGAAGAGGCUAUCAAGGCAUGUGAGAAAGCCGUUGAGGAGGGACGAGAAAUUUACGCCGAUUUUAAGAUGAUCGCUAAAUCAUACGCUCGUAUUGGAACUGCAUAUGAGAAGAUGGGAGAUUUACCGAAAGCCAUUGAAAAUUACAACAAAUCACUGACUGAACAUCGUACCCCCGACGUGGUCAACAAGCUCCGUGCUGCCGAGAAGAACAAGAUCGAAAGCGCCAAAAAGGCUUACAUCGACCCGGUAAAGGCUGAAGAGGCCCGUGAACUCGGAAAUCAAAAGUUCAAGGAGUCAGAUUGGCCUGGAGCAGUUGAGGCUUACAGUGAGAUGAUCAAGCGUGCUCCAGAGGAUCCAAGAGGCUACAGCAACCGUGCAGCUUCUUUCAUUAAGCUUCUUGAGUUCCCUUCUGCUUUGGAAGAUUGUGACAAGGCAAUCUCUAAAGAUUCCAAGUUCGUGAGAGCAUACAUCCGAAAAGCGCAAGCAUACUUUGGCAUGAGAGACUACUCUAAAUGUCUUGAUGCAUGUAACGAAGCCACCGAGGCCGAUGUUACAAAGGCCAAUGCUAGAGAGAUUGAGCAACAGCAACAGAAGGCUGUUACUGCUAUGUACAGUGCCCGAGAAAAUGAGACCGAGGAGCAGACUAAGGAGAGACUAUCAAGAGACCCAGAGAUUCAAAGAAUCAUGGGUGAUCCAGUCAUGCAAAGCAUUCUCCAACAAGCUCAAAACGACCCCGCCGCUCUUCAAGAACACAUGAAGAAUCCCCAGAUCCGAUCUAAGAUUCAGCAGCUUAUCGCUGCAGGAGUCAUCCGUGUUGGAAGAUGA